UGUGUGUGAGAGACAGACAGACAGACAGAGAGAGAGGGAGAGAGAGACAGAGAGUGUGUGUGUGAGAGAGAGAGAGAGACAGACAGAGAGGGGGAGGCAGAGAGAGAGUGAGAGAGAGACAGAGAGGGGGACACAGAGAGAGAGGGUGCAUGUGUGUGUGUGUGAGAGAGAGACAGAGGGGGAAGACAGAGAAAGAGAGAAGGGGAGACAGAGAGAGACAGAGAGGGGGAGACAGAGAGAGAGUGUGUGUGUGAGAGAGACAGACAGGCAGAGCGAGAGAGGGAGAGAGAGAGAGGGUGUGUAUGUGUGUGUGUGUGUGUGUGUGUGAGAGAGAGAGAGACAGAGAGGGGGAGACAGAGAGAGAGAGAGAGAGACAGAGAGGGGGAGACAGAGAGAGAGAGAGAGACAGAGAGACAGAGAGGGGGAGGCAGAGAGAGAGAGUCAGAGAGGGGGAGACAGAGAGAGAGGGGGAGACAGAGACAGAGAGAUAGAAACAGAGAGGGGGAGAGAGACAGAGAAGAAGAUAGAGGGAGAGAAGGAGACAGAAAGAGGAAAGAGAGACAGACAGAGACAUAUAUGGAAAGGGGAGAACAGCAAAGAUAGAGGAAGAAAGCAAAAAGGGGGAGGGAGAGAAAGAAACAGAGAGAGGGAAAGGAAAGAGAGAGGUUGAGAGGAAAGAAACAGAGAGAACAGCAGAAAAAAAGAGAGACACAGAGAGAAAAGAAACAAAGAGUAGGAGAGAGGGAGAGAGAGAGGUGCUGAGACUCAAAGCCAAUGUGGUUGUGACAGAUAACAGGUUUUCACAGUGGAAGACACCAGCAGCAUCCCAAAACUUCAAGAGAGUCAAUCGGCAGAGGCAGAAGAUUCAGGAGCACAGGGCUGCUGAAGGAUUACUGCCUCUGCGGCCACAGUAACACAUGGGUGGUUGUUCCAGUCAGUCACUGUGCCUUGGACAUGAGAGUAAUCACUGCCAGGCUCGGCUGCUGCCAGGGCCAUCUGACAUUCACAAACAGCGGCGUCAAACAGUGCCUGGGAGUGAGCACAAUGGCCUGAAGCUGAGCAGUGAUGAUUUGGAGAAGAUCACCAGUGCUUGGAACUGUCAAGACAUUGGAUCAAUGACCAAACAGAGUGAUGGAGAGUCAAAGGAGAUCAACAAAUUAGAGAUAGUUACAGAUGAUAUCUCCAACAUUAAACAUGAUUCUCUCCAUCAGUUCUGGCUGUCACUGGGAAGGAAUUGCAGACGUGAAUGUGGGACUGGACAGCCUUGGCAAACAGUGACUGAAAUCAAAGAAGUGACUGAGACGGUUAUCACUGAGGUCAUUGAAGUCAUUGAGUUCCCGGUCACUCAGAGGAGGAGCGAGCCAAAGAAAACAGCCACAGCUGGGAUCUUGCUGUGCCAUAAGCAAUCUGUGGAGGACCCUGGCCAACCUUGCCCUCCAUUGGCCUCAGGACCUGUUGAUGAUGAUUCAGAAAGUUGGAUCAAUGACAUUGAAGAUGUGGAAACCAAUCAGAGGCCUCCCUCCUCUGAGCUGGAGGUACUGAAAGCACAAUUACAGGAAGAGAAGCUGCUCCGGCGCCUGGUGGAAGCUCAUCGACCGAGUAUGGAAGCUGUGACUGAGGGGCAGCAGUUCGGUGCCUCAGAAAACCAAGCUCAGGCCCAGAACCUGCCCCAACGCUGGCAGUCCCUACUCCAGGUUACUGCUGAUCGACACAGUCAACUGGAGAAGAUUUUAUCUCAGACCCUGCAGUUCCAGGCAGUUUUGGAUAAGUUGCUGAAUUGGUUGGCAGUCAUUGAAAGGAAGUUUCCAAUCUCAUUCCCAGACGCGUGGGAAAAUGAUGAUGAAAUCCCAUUUUUGGAGUGAGAUCGCAGACACCACUCAGGCUGACUGUGCACUGACAAGACAGCGAGGAGACAUCCUUUUCUAUCCUCUGCAGCCAGAUGUUGACCAGCUUUUGAUCGCGGUCCGAAAGGUCAGUUAUCUCCCUCGCACAAUAACCAUUUCCAUUUCCUUCAAUGUUAGCCUGCAGCUGAGUGAACCUUGACCUCAGGGACUGCAGCUUUUCCUUGACACUUUGGGCUUCGACUUCUAGGG